GGACGCGCCUCCGCGCGGGGACGCGCGCCGGACAGCUCCGGGAGGGGCCGGCGGAGGCGCGCGGCUUCCGGAAGCGCCUUCCCCGGAAGGUAGGGAGGCGGUGCCAGCCUCGGCGAUGGCGGUUGGGCGGCAGCACCGCUUUCUCUAGCCCGCGGAGCCGCGCCGCUGGAGGAUGGCCUCGCUCGGACCAGCAGUUACAGGCGAGCAGGUCCCGGGGGCUGAAGCGGAGCCGGGCGCCGCGGGGCCGCCGCCGCCGUCGACUUCCUCUCUAGGGCCCUUGCUCCCCCUGAAGCGGGAGCCGCUGUACAACUGGCAGGCGACCAAGGCGUCGCUGAAAGAGCGUUUCGCCUUCCUCUUCAACUCGGAGCUCCUGAGCGAUGUGCGCUUCGUGCUGGGCAAGGGCCGCGGCGGCGGCGCUGCCGGGGGCCCGCAGCGCAUCCCGGCCCACCGCUUCGUACUGGCGGCCGGCAGCGCCGUCUUCGACGCCAUGUUCAACGGCGGCAUGGCCACGACGUCGGCCGAGAUCGAGCUGCCCGACGUGGAGCCCGCCGCCUUCCUGGCGCUGCUGAGAUUUCUGUAUUCAGAUGAAGUUCAAAUCGGCCCAGAAACAGUUAUGACAACUCUUUAUACGGCUAAGAAGUACGCAGUCCCAGCCUUGGAAGCGCAUUGUGUGGAAUUUCUCACCAAACAUCUCAGGGCAGAUAAUGCCUUUAUGUUACUUACGCAGGACCCUCAAAAUGUGACCUUACUUGGAGAUAGGGUCUUUACAAAGGCUCGUUUAUUUGAUGAACCUCAGCUUGCUAGUCUUUGUCUAGACACAAUAGACAAAAACACAAUGGAUGCAAUAAGUGCAGAAGGGUUUACUGAUAUUGACAUAGACACACUCUGUGCAGUUCUAGAAAGAGACACUCUUAGUAUUAGAGAAUGUCGACUUUUUGGCGCUGUUGUACGAUGGGCAGAAGCAGAAUGUCAAAGACAACAAUUGCCUAUGACCUUUGGAAACAAGCAGAAAGUUCUGGGAAAAGCACUGUCCUUGAUCCGCUUCCCACUGAUGACCAUUGAGGAGUUUGCGGCAGGUCCUGCUCAGUCUGGAAUUCUGUCAGAUCGGGAGGUGGUCAAUCUCUUUCUUCAUUUCACUGUCAAUCCUAAGCCCCGUGUUGAAUACAUUGAUCGACCGAGAUGCUGCCUCAGAGGAAAGGAGUGCUGCAUCAAUAGGUUCCAGCAAGUAGAGAGCCGGUGGGGCUACAGUGGCACGAGUGACCGGAUCAGGUUCACAGUUAACAGAAGAAUCUCUAUAGUUGGAUUUGGUUUAUAUGGCUCUAUUCAUGGCCCCACGGAUUAUCAAGUGAAUAUACAGAUCAUUGAAUAUGAAAAAAAACAAACACUGGGACAAAACGAUACUGGAUUCAGUUGUGAUGGAACUGCUAACACAUUCAGGGUCAUGUUCAAAGAACCCAUAGAGAUCCUGCCCAACUUGUGCUACAUGGCAUGCGCAACACUCAAAGGUCCAGAUUCCCACUAUGGCACAAAAGGACUGAAGAAAGUGGUGCAUGAAACACCUACUGCUAGCAAGACUGUCUUUUUCUUUUUUAGUUCUCCUGGCAAUAAUAAUGGCACUUCAAUAGAAGAUGGGCAAAUACCAGAAAUAAUAUUUUAUACAUAAUUCAGCUUUAUAACAUCCAGCUGAACAAUACCUAAUUCAGCGUUACAAUACAUCCUGGCUAAACAGUACCAUGCAGUCUAGUCUCAACGGCAUAAAGAACUGGUCACAAAAAAGAGAUUGAGUGUUAUGAAUAUUUAUAACUGUAAGAUAAGAGACAUUUUGGUUUCUUAGGUAAAUAAAUGUGACUUAAAUCUCUGCAUGAUUUAACGGGUGAUUUCCAUUUUCUUAUAACCUUAAGGGAAAAAAGAAUGGGUUUAAUUGUUUAAAAAAAAACAGCUAUUUCAGCUUUAUCUUGUAUAAUUUCUUAGAUCAGCUGACUCAUGAUAUUUCAGCAAUUUUAUAAUUGAAAGAUUCUUGUUUUAUGUAGCUUGUUUGUGUUUUUUGUUUGUUUUUGUUUGAACUAUUUUGAAGGUUACAUAAGAUGAAGUAGGUCAGUAUUUCCACAGAAUUCCUACUAAAGUUAAUUUUCAGAAAAUGAAGAAAGCUGACUUCAUCCUUGGAGUUUUGAAAUAUCUGGUUGUUAGUAUUUGGCAUAGUGCUAGAAAUAGGCUUAACAAAUGCCUCAGAAAAUUUUGAGUGCAUUUAUAGAAAAAAUAUUUCAUAAUAGUCUAGUAAUAUAUUACAUAGUACAGUUUUAAUCAAUAAAAUUGAAUUUGUACAAAUUCACAGUAAUCUGUUAUGAACAGAGGAUCUAAAGAUGUACUUUAAGGCUGGAUUCUUUAUCACUUAAUCUUUAUCACUUAAAGUUUAUAGUAUAUAUAAACUAUACCCAUCUCUCUGAAUGAGGCAUGCUGUUGAGAAUUCCCAAAAUUGAAAUGAUGAUGGUGAUGGUGGUGGUGCCUGGCUAAACAGACAUCAUCAAUUCGACAUUUGGUGAUAAUCUUACAAAAGGAGGAAUGGAAUGAAAUACUAACAUCUCUAACAGCUGCUUUGAUAUCCAACAGAAUCACACCUGCUGGAAAAUAUACUUUCUGAACAUCUACAUAGUUCUAUCCAAGAAAUGAGAUUUAAUAUUUAUGACCUCACUGUCACAGGUGCAGCUGCCUUAGGAGGGGAUGGGAAGUAUAUUGGCAGGAUGAUAUUUAUACACUUUUAUAAAGCAAAAUUUUUAUAUAAAUAACUUUCUUUUUCUUUCCCUUGAAAAUGAUUAUCUCAUUACAAAUGUAUGUAUAAUUAAGCUCUAUCAAAUAGUUGUAGAAGAUGUGCAGAAAUCAUAAUUCUUUUUAGUAUCAACUUAAAAAGAAUUUUUUCUAAAUGGUAAUUAGGAUAAAAUUUCCAUCCAAAGUAGUAUAUCACUUGAUAUUUUCAUGAAGAUAGGGAGGUGUGUUGGCAGCAGAGGUCUCUUAAAAUGGCUUGAGGAAAAGGGAAAUUUUUCCCUAUCUGGUAAUAUGAUCUUAAGACUGUAAACCUCAGUUAACUGGAAUAACUCUGAAAUGUGUGGUCUGGUAAACUGAAGAUUAACCAGCAAAAACUCUUCAGUUUUGCUGGAAAAUACAACUGCAGAAAAUACUUCUGCCUUAAAAAGUACAGUAUGCCAGAGGUAAGUUAAUGUUGUUUGACGCUUGAGGUAUUUCAGUUGCCUCCAGUGUGUUACACUGAAUGAUUGUAACUGAAAGUAGUCAUAGAAGGGACAAGAAAUGGAACAGUUUACUGAUAUGGGACAUCCCCUGGAAUUAUAAAUAAAUAUCUAUUAUCCUUUUA